CGAUGACCUUCACCCUCACCCCAGUCAACCUCUUCCACGCACACGACUACAACGAACUCCAACGCCAACGCCAAAUCAGCGGCUGGCACUUCUCCGACCCGCACCUCCUAUCCUGGGGAGCCAAGCAAGCCGCGAACCUGAAAUCCCUAUUCUGGAUCGCCAUCCCCAACCCGAACGCCACCAACAGCCCCAUCCGCGCAGGUCACAUCUCAUUCGACUUGUACGCCGAUCCCCCUGACGCGGGGCUCACCCAAACCCGACCGAUCCAUCGUGACCAUCCAGACGUUCUUCAUCCUCUCCGAAUACGGAGUACCACCAGCGGAGUCGGUCGCCAGACCAUAGAGCAAGUGAAGCAAUUAGCGAGAUCAGAACCGUACGGCAGCGCAGAACGCAAAUAG